GUAAUUUUUGUUUUUCGGGGCGUGAGGACAUUUGUUUCCUUCUGUGAAAGAGAGAAAAUCGGCUCGGACUGAAAAGAGAAGCAGCCCUGUAAUUAAUCAGGCCGGGAGGGAAAAGACAGUAAUCCGUCAUAAUGAAAGGAAGAGAUAUCAGUCUGAUGACAGCAAGCACUAUCAAGAUUAUACUGAAGCUAUGAGGCCUUUGUGGAGCUCUGGCUUGUCUGGACUCUGCAAUUUUCCAAUAGAGGAAUCUUGAAAAGGACUGACCAUUUCUUGCAGUUCUAAAAUCAUGGCCCAUGGUUCAGUGACAUUCAGGGAUGUGGCCAUCGACUUCUCACAGGAAGAGUGGGAAUGCCUGGACCCUGCUCAGAGGGACUUGUAUAGAGACGUGAUGUGGGAGAACUACAGCAACUUUAUCUCACUAGCAGGAUCUUUCAUUUCUAAGCCAGAUGUGAUUGCCUUACUGGAUGAAGAAGGGAAGGAACCCAAGAUGGGUGUGAGGGAAGGGACAAGAAGAUACUGCCCUGAUUUGGAGUCCGGAUACAAGAUCAAUAGUUUAUCUCCAGAAAAGGACAUUUAUGAAAUAUAUUCAUUCCAGUGGGAGAUAAUGGAAAGAAUUAAAAGCUAUAGCCUUCAGGGCUCCAUUUUUAGAAAUGACUGGGAAUGCAAAAGCAAAUUUGAAGGGGAAAAGGAACCGCAAGAGGGAUAUUUUGGGGAAGUGAAAAUUACCUCUGAAAAAAUGACCACUUACAAAAAGCACAAUUUUCUUGAAUAUCAGAGAGUUCAUAAUGGAGAAAAGAUAUAUGAAUGUAAGGAAUGUAGGAAGACAUUUAUUCGUCGCUCAACACUUAGUCAACACCUAAGAAUUCAUACUGGUGAGAAACCUUAUAAAUGUAAGGAAUGUGGGCAGGCCUUUAGACAACGUGCACACCUUAUUCGACAUCACAAACUUCAUACUGGUGAGAAACCCUAUGAAUGUAAGGAUUGUGGAAAGGCCUUUACAGUGCUCCAAGAACUUACUCAACAUCAGAGACUUCAUACUGGUGAAAAACCCUACGAAUGUAAGGAAUGUGGAAAGGCCUUUAGAGUACAUCAGCAACUGGCUCGACAUCAGAGAAUUCACACUGGUGAGAAACCCUAUGAAUGUAAGGAAUGUGGGAAGACCUUUAGACAGUGUACACACCUUACUCGACAUCAGAGACUUCAUACUGCUGAGAAGCUCUAUGAAUGUAAGGAAUGUGGAAAAGCCUUUGUGUGUGGUCCAGAACUUAGAGUACAUCAGAAAAUUCAUUUUGGUGAGAAACCAUACACAUGUAAGGAAUGUGGAAAGGCUUUUAGAAUAUGCCAACAACUUACUGUCCAUCAGAGUAUUCAUACUGGUGAGAAACCCUAUGAAUGUAAAGAAUGUGGGAAGACGUUUAGAUUAAGGCAACAACUUGUUCGCCAUCAGAGAAUUCAUACUCGUGAGAAACCUUAUGAAUGUAUGGAAUGUUGGAAAACCUUUAGUAGUUACUCACAACUUAUUUCACAUCAGAGCAUUCAUAUUGGUGAGAGACCCUAUGAAUGUGAAGAAUGUGGAAAGGCCUUUAGACUUCUCUCACAACUUACUCAGCAUCAGAGUAUUCAUACUGGGGAGAAACCUUAUGAAUGUAAGGAAUGUAGAAAACCUUUUAGACUGCUCUCCCAACUUACUCAGCAUCAGAGUAUUCAUACUGGUGAGAAGCCUUAUGAAUGUAAGGAAUGUGGUAAGGCUUUUAGACUUUAUUCAUUUCUUACUCAACACCAGAGAAUUCAUACUGGUGAGAAACCCUACAAAUGUAAGGAAUGUAGAAAGGCCUUUAGACAACAUUCACACCUAACUCAACAUCAGAAGAUUCAUAAUGGAAUUUAAUACUAGAAAACUUUUCAAAUGUACAUUAUGUCACAGAAUAUCAGAAGAUGCAUUUUUGAGAUAACUGUAUGCUCACAACUGAGCAUAAGACAUUUUAUGUUAGAGAAAGGAUAUGUUGUUUUAAAAAGUCUUUCAUCACCAUUCAAACAUUGACUAUCUUCAGUAAAUUCCUGUGACAGAAUAAUGUAAUGAAUGCAGGGAAAUCUUUAGCCUUAUCUGUCAUUAUCUCUAUUUCAUCACUUUACCCCCAGUGUGAUAUGGGCCAAGAUACUUAAACUCCUGUGCCUAGUUUUACUAACUUGUAAUAUGGUGAUAGUAGUAUUUAUAUGUAUUAGUUAUUUA